AUGGAUGCGACGAUCGGCGACCCGUUGUUAGCGGCAUCCGUGGAGCGGGCGUUCGAGAAGCAGCCCCUGCCCGGGUUAUGGGAGCAGGUGACACCACGGGCAGUGAUCGUCUCGGUGGUGCUCUCAAUUGUCUUUGGCUUCGUGAUCCUAAAGAUCCACAUGUCGACCGGCGUGGUACCUGGUAUGAACAUGGCAGUCAGCGUCCUCAGCUUCACCUUACUCAAGUGGUUUGUCAGCUUGGUUCGGACGUGCGGCCUCCCAACAUCGCCUUUCACGCGCCAGGAGAACCUAUUGGUGCUGACCACCGUCGUUACAGUCAUCAACUUGGCCAUCACUGGUGGAUGUGCCUUGUACAUCGUAUCAAUGACCUCUGUUGUGGCAAAGUCACUUGGUGAAGAGUCAGAUCCGAGAGAUAUUGUUGAUAACUUUCCAACAGGGCGAUGGAUGUUAUUCCUACUCUUGAUUGGUUUAAUGUCUAUCUUCAUUAGUGUUCCCUUUAACCAGGUGAUGAUUCUUGACUACAGAUUACUCUUCCCGACAGGAACAGCUCAAGCUCACCUUAUUAACAGUUUUCACACCCCUCAGGGAGCUAUCGUAGCAAAAAUGCAAGUUGCGACGAUAUUUAAACUUUUCGUCGGUAGCUUUUCUUGGACUUCGUUCACUUGGUUAUACGCUUCAGGAAAAGGUUGUGGAUUUUCAAGCUUUCCCUUGUUUGGACUAGAAAUGUAUAAGAAGAGGUUCUUCUUUGACUUUUCUACAACAUUUAUUGGCGUGGGAAUGAUUUGCCCACCUAUGGUAAAUAUUACAUUACUAGCCGGAGGCAUCACAUCGUGGGGGUUUUUGUUCCCUUUUCUCGAAACAAAAAGUGGGCAAUGGUAUCACACUAGUAGUCCAACAAGUUUAGUUGGAUCAAAUGGAUACAAGGUCUUUAUUACAGUUACACUUAUCGUUGUUGAUGGUAUUUACAACUUCAUUAUACUACUUAUCACUGCCUUCAUUGACUUCAGACAAAAACAACAAGAAACAGAUUCAGUGGUGGGGAACUACUUGAGAAAACACCCGAGUCUUAAUUAUGAUGACCGUAGAAGGAUUGAGGUAUUCCUUGAAAAUAGAAUACCUUUUUCCAUACCGGCGGUUGCAUAUGUGGUGUGUGCAAUAAUUUGUGCAAUUAUUAUCCCAAGGAUGUUCUACCAGAUAACUUUCUUUAAUGUCCUUACAAUUUACAUUAUUAUCCCGGUGCUUGCGCUCACCAAUACCUAUGCAACUGGGCUCACGGACUGGAAUGUUGCAUAUACUUACGCCAAGUUCACGAUCUUCAUCGUCUCAGCAUGGGUUGCCAAGCCUGGUGCAAUUGUCGCUAGCCUUGUAGCAUGUGGGCUAGUAGUGUCAGCCCUUCAUGUUUCCUCUCAAGCAACACAAGACGUGAAGACAGGUUACAUGACACUAACCUCACAACGAGCCCUGGUCAUCAUGCAAAUUUUGGGUAUAAUCAUUGGUUCAAUUCUUACCCCAUGCAUCUUCCGCGCCUUUCAAAACACGGCCAAGGCGCACAUUCCCAUUGGAGCACCAGACUCGGAAUACCCAUGUCCAUAUGCUGGGGUUUAUCGUGCCAUCGCGGUGGUUGGCACAGGAGGUGCCAAGGAGCUCCCUGACCAUUGUCUAAUGUUUUGCUUUGCUGCAGCUUGCUUUGCCAUUGCAGUCAACACACUCUCAAUUGUGUCUCAGAGGAAUGGCUGGAAAAUAAUGAACUACAUUCCCAAUGUCACCGUGUUUGCAUUGCCAUUCUUCAUUGGAUCAUCUGGCCCCAUUGAUAUGUGCAUAGGCACUAUAGUGAUGUUUAUAUGGACUAAAAUUAAUAGCCAAAGUGCUGCCUUACUAUCAUCCGCAGUUGCAGCUGGCUUGAUGUGUGGAGACGGUCUAUUUGCACUACCAUCAUCAAUGCUCACCCUUUUCAGUGUGGAGCCACCCAUGUGCAUGAAGUUCAUUCAGAGUGGAAAACAACUUGACUUGGCAGAUUCCUUCAUAAAAACUAUCUCCACGCCUGCAAAGCCAUGA